AUGGGAAAGAUGCAUCCACCCAAGAUGCAAGGCCGUGAAGAGAGCAGUGCCCAGCCCCUCCCGGCCGGACCUCCUCCUCAGCUCUUCUCCGCGUUGCCGGAGGCGCGUAGCGUCACGUGGUAUCGUGUGGCGUGGCGCUCCUCAGAACUUGCCGGCCUGCACGUGGUACGUGACCUUGCCCGUGCUGUCGAUGCUGGAGCUCGCGGAGGAGUGCACGCCCUUGCCCGAGCUGGUGCCGCUGUGCUGCACCGACGACGGCGCCGGCUCGUCCAGCGAGCCGAACCGGUUCAGCAGGUUGCCGUCACCGCCGUACCUGCAACAGCGGGGAACGAACCCAGGGUCAGGGACGCGCCCGGGCCUUCCCCGGUCGCGGCCACUGGCCCCCUUGCCCCCUCCCCCAGCCCCCGUCAGCCCAGCCGGAGGCUCCCGGCACGAGCGUUCGUAACACGAAGACGAAGAAUGGAUGGGUAA